AUCAUAGUUUUCGUUGCAUUUCAUUCAAAGCUGCUUUUGAACAACGACUAAAGAAUGUUGCAUUCUUUUUCCGAGACAGUGCGAUCAUUUCUUUUGAUUUUGGCGCUGUCUACUUGUUUCACGACUGCGUUUGAUUUGCAAGCAAAAGUUGAGCAACUCGAGAAGAACUACGUAAGAAUUAAAGAACAUUUGGAAGCCAAAAUCAUGGAUUUGGAGACGAAAGUUGGUCGACUGGAAGACAAAGUUAAGGAACAGGAUUCACUUUUGGCUGUUUUGAAAAAUGGGCACAAACCUUUGAAAGAUAGUGUUGACAUCAACCAACAUCAUCGCUACAACGCCAUUCUUCGUACUUGCCACGAAAUCUACGCAGCGAAUCCGUCGUUCUACCCCGGUAUGUACUGGAUCGAUCCAGACGGCCACGGCAUUGGUGAUCCACCAUCUCCGUCCACUGCGACAUGA